CGGGAACGUGGAGGUCAGUCGCUCCCUCUUCCUCCCUAAAAUCCAACUUUCAUUUCUCCAUCUCCGCAUCAGCUGUCACCGUCUGGGAUCCGCGGGGAAUCCGCGUCGCCUGAGCCGGUCCGGUCCGGCGUUCGGACAAGUGGCUGUUGCUCUUCCUCUCUGCAGCAAAGCCCGGCUGGAGAUGCGCCCAUGUUCGGACAGCCAGCUGCGUCCAGAGCAGGUUAGACUCUCAGUCCUCAGAGGGUCACAGGCAGAUCGCCCUCCCUCCCGCCACAGACGCACGUCUGCCUGCUGCCACCGCUGCUGAGAAACUCACAGCCUAGUUUGUGUGUGUGUAUGUGUGUGAGAGAGAGAUGAUGCGAGAGGUGAAGUCGGCGAAAGACAAGCUGUAGAUGCCAGUCCCCGAGUGUGAGAUGAGCGAGAACUGAGCGCAGCCGACGGAGCAUCUGACCAGGAGCAAGAUGGGGCUCGGACAGUCCAGCAAGGCUCCGGUCACUCACGACUCAGACGAGGUCAACUUCGACCACUUCCAGAUCUUGAGGGCGAUAGGAAAAGGAAGCUUUGGAAAAGUGUGCAUUGUUCAGAAGAAAGACACCAAGAAGAUGUACGCCAUGAAGUACAUGAACAAGCUGAAGUGUGUGGAGCGAAACGAAGUGCGCAACGUGUUGAAAGAGCUGCAGAUCAUGCAGAACCUGGAGCACCCGUUCCUGGUCAACUUCUGGUAUUCCUUCCAGGACGAGGAGGACAUGUUUAUGGUGGUGGAUCUGCUGCUGGGUGGAGAUCUGCGCUACCACCUGCAGCAGAACGUCCACUUCUCAGAGAGCACCGUCAAGUUCUACAUUUGUGAACUGGCCCUGGCUCUCGGCUACCUGCGCUCCAAACGCAUCAUUCACCGAGACAUCAAGCCCGACAACAUCCUCCUGGACGAACACGGACACGUCCAUUUAACUGACUUCAACAUCGCUGCCAUAGUUAAGGAGGAUCUGAAGGCGACGUCCAUCGCAGGGACCAAACCAUAUAUGGCUCCGGAGCUCUUCCAGGUCUUCGAAGGCUCUCACCCCGGCUACAGCUUCUCGGUGGACUGGUGGUCGCUGGGCAUCACGGCGUACGAGCUGCUCCGAGGACAGAGGCCGUAUGUGAUGAGAUCCAGCACGCCAUCCAACGAGAUCCUUCAGACCUUCCACAAGGUCCAUCUCAGCUUUCCAGCCGCCUGGUCUUUGGAGAUGAAGUCUCUUCUCAGAAAGCUGCUCAGCAUUGAUGCCCAAAAGCGUAUUUCCUGUCUGGCGGAGCUGCAGGAUCUGGACUACAUGUCAGAUGUCAACUGGGAUGCUGUGCUCAGCAAAUGCCUUUCUCCAGGCUUUAUUCCCAAUAAAAGGAGACUGAACUGUGACCCCACAUUUGAACUGGAGGAAAUGAUCCUGGAGUCCAAGCCGCUUCACAAGAAGAAGAAAAGACUUGCCAGAAAGACUCGGGACCAAGGAUCGGACGGUUCCCCUCAGAACGGUCAGCUGCAGCAGCGCUUGGACAACGUCCAGAGAGACUUCAUCGUCUUCAACAGGGAAAAGUCAAAGAAGGUGGCGGUGGACUCGUCGGGUAUCUCCAUUUGCGAGAAGAACAAAGCCAUAGAAGAUGGUCAGAACAACAACGUGGAGCCUGCCACUUACUUAUCAGGAUAGAUGUUGCACCCGUCCUCAGCUCACACAUUAGCUACCUUCACUCAGACACUUGCUCCUAGCACAAGCUAUCAAACCUGCGCCACAUCAAUGCCUGGACAAAGGGACACGCAUCUCAAGGAUCCCCGUCUGGAAGCCACACGGACUCAACCGGCGAUCCAGCUUUCGCAUCAGCCGGACUUUAGUGCAAUUCCCAUCAUGCUUUCUUACGUCACUGCGGUGCUCAAGCUCUAGUCACUGCUGGAGCGGAAUAUGAAUCAGGAGGGAAGCGCCUGCUCUUCUGUGGAGCUGCUGCAGAUGAUCUUCUUUCACAAACAAACUGCAUCCUGCACUACACCUCAACCUCAAAUGUGCGAGCUCGCUGCAAAGUGCAGCUUUUCAGAUCCAGGACUGUUGGUCUCACAGGUGGGUUUUUCUUUGUCCCGGAACACAGCAAAUAUCUAAAGCGUCAAUCAAAUAUGGUGAAGGAGUAGGUAGUGGACUGGGACACACCAAAUAUGGUUGAGAACAAAAGGAGAAAAGCCAAAGAGAUGGAGUCAGUAAAAAUGUUUUGGUCCAACAGAUCAUUCCUUUUAUGGUAUAUUUAGAAUUUUCUUAGAAAAUGGGAGUCAAAAAUGUUGUUGCCAUCUGCCAUUCCCUUCAUUGCCCUUAUCGGCCCGGCUUUCCUGACACGAUUAGCUGGGCCCUCCUCGGGAUUUUUCCCAACCGUAGUGGGUGUCUCCGGAAAUAAUUCCGGGAGGAAUACGGAAUAUUCUGUAUUUGAUUUGGACUCAGUUUUGUAGAGUAGAUAAUGAAAACAUGUCACGCCUUCGUAGCUGUGAGAUGCACUAGGAGGACACCAAUUUUUGGAUCGACAGAAACCCAAUUCCAUGGCAAUCCAUCCUUUCCCCGAACACCAGGACCCCAGUGGUAGGUCUGGUCACUUCUCCAGACAAAGGUCGGCAGGUCCGAAAGCCUCCCGUGGCCUGAUGACACGUUAAAAGAAAGUUAUAGCGAUCCAAGUCACGGAUUGGAUCGAGCAAACUCCAAGAGGAUUGCUCAGAGGCAAUACGCACCACAACAGAGAAGACUUCAGGCAUCGAACCAAAUCAAAGGGCACCUUCUCUCUUGGAGGGAGAUAUCGACCGGAGCCGCCCGAGGCAUCCUGUAGACGCCUGUUCCAAAACAGACUUUUAAAGGACGCUUUUGUACAGUUUCCUAUCAGCAAAAGUAGAAAAUAAACCAGAGUAGACAGGAGGAAACUUUAGUGAGGCUGAAAUAUAGAGAAGGGUUUACAGUAAAGGUAAGCAACCAAUACACAGGUUAAUAAUAGAAGCAACUAUUGUAAAGGUAAAUGCAUGGUUUCCCGUAGACAAGCUAGUAAGUCUGCUCUUUUAACACUCUUAUGGAGUCCAAGUUCCACAGAUGGACUGGUGCAAUGCCCUCAAUUAUUAGAACUUAGUACCGUUCUGCUGUGGAAGUGGAUGAGCCAACACGUGAAUUUCCUGGUGAGGUCUUACUUUAGGUUAUGAUCUUCAGGUAGUAACCAUAAGAAUAACACCCAAGUGGCUGAGCUUUGGACCAUUCCUCAAGCGUCUAGUCAAGCUGGGUCCCAGACGCCUUCCAGGUGAGGUGUUCAAGGCAACUGGGGGGUUGGAACUCGGGGGAGAGCCAGGUCAUGCUGGCAAGAUAGUCGAGAACCUGGAAGGCCGGGGAAUGGGACAACUAGAAAGAUGGGAACGGAUGGUUUGCUCGCUUCUUCUGCCUGAACUGAACCAGACUUACAGCAGCUGCAAUCAUUGUUUACAUCUGAGGGCCACUUGCUCCCUUCAGUUUGAGGUUUUCAUCAACCCACUUACGAAAACAGCAAGUGCCAGUAUAACCGAAGGAACCACGGACGCAUGAUCCUCACAAGGUAAUACGUUAGCAUUAGCACUGAUUUAGCAGUCUGAGCGUUUUAGCUAUAUUAGCCUUCUAGCGCCUUCUUUCCUAAGAGAAGAUCAUAUCUAACUAGAGAGUUGAAACGUGGAACAAGUUCACCAAUGUUUUAGGGUCAACUGUUACAGGUAAAUCCAAGUUUUCUUACCUAGUAGAAGACUUGUGCUGGGUUUGUGGGAGGUUUUCUGCCCAUCUGCUGUUCUGGAUCGUGCUGUUGUAAAACUAGCAAUGCUAGCGAAGUGUAGUGAAAUGACCUCAAAACUUCUCCAUCCUUUGAUCGUCAUUGCUAAAGGGUCUCAGAUGGUAAUUCGCACACUGUACAGAUGUAGAGUUCCGAUUUGCUUUGAUCCAACUAAACAACAGGGAACUGUGAAACUGUGAAUAAGGAUUGGUUCUCAAGACCAACUCAGAAUAACAUCAGUGGUGAGUGACGGCUAUCAGAGAGACGACUUUCUUGUCUACGUGUCCUCGGACGCGAGUGAGACACGGAAAUGCCUUCUUGGCUUGGUGUUUGUAAACGGCAGGGCUAUAAAUGAGCGGGUACAUUUCAGUUCUACUCCAACAUCAGUACCUGACUGGCCAGUGAAAACAUGAACAGAAUAGAUUAUCGACGGCUGUUAGUUUACCAUCCGUUUCUGUCAUAAUCCGUGAGGUGACCUUGCGCUCCGAUCUGGAGCUUGUUCCUUAUCGGACCCAUGAACUGGUCUCAGUGGUGGCUGUGAGAAUUUGACACCACAACGUGACUGAAUGAAUCAAACUUGUUUACGGUGGUGACACCAGAUUCGGCUGCUCAUUUGCAUUUGCAAUGAAUUCCCUCCACUGCUGUUCUUACUAUCAGUCGGCACAGUUGACGCUGAAUGUUAAUCUGAGACCCGACCCAACGCAAGUAACGCAGGCAAUGACUGAAAAACUCUGACAGCACACAGACGUGUUUUGUACCAUUCUGUAGCACUUUUAUAACGCAACCCAUUCACUGUGUUCUGCUGCUGUGUUGUUUAGAGACGAAUCCAAAGCUUCUUGUGUCGUGGCUCAGCUCACCUCCCAGAUGUAUAUCGACCAAUAACAACGUUCUUUUGUGUCGUUUUUCAAGCAUGUACGAAAACCCACCAACAUCAAAUGUAUAAUUUCACCAACAAAAAAAAAGAUUUUCUUGUAGCGACCUUGUUCCACACAUGUAUAUUUCUGCCCUGCAGGGGGCGUGUCACUGUGUCCAUGUACUUGACUGUGAUAGCAAUCCAUUAAGGUGUGCCUUAAAUAAUAAUAUGUUCUUUU